AUGUGUGAUCGCAGUCUCUACAGAUCUGGCUACGUUGGUUCUCUCUUGAACUUGCAAUCUCCAGAUUCCUUUUAUUUUCCCAAUUUGCGGGCUAAUGGCAGUCAGUUGGCGGCUCUGCCCACCAUUUCCUACCCCCGGAGCUCGAUCCCGUGGACGUGCCCCAGUCCGUGCGCAGCCCAGCCGCAGGGCCACGCGUUCGGCGGCGCGGCGCAGCCGUACCUCCCCGGCUCCGUUCCAAUCAGCAUCAGCUCCAACAGCAACAAAGAGUGCCUGGAAGAAAACAAUAAAUAUUACGCCCACGAUGCGAGCUCCAAACAAGAGGAAAGAUGCAGGCAGAGGCAAUCUUUCGCAAAUGACCCAACUAUUACUCACGCAGCCAACUUAAAGCCCGCAAAGUAUGACCACUCGAGCCUGCCGAGAAGCUUGCACGGCUCGGCCGCUCUUUUUGAAGUGAAUUCCUGCACUUCCAGCCUAAAGGAGGACAUCAAGAAUUCGGUCAACUUGAACCUGACAGUUCAGCCCGCAGCAGUCCAGUCAUGCCUCAGACCUUCAGUGCAGGAUGGUUUGCCUUGGUGCCCCACCCAGGGGAGAUCGAGAAAGAAACGGAAACCUUACACGAAACAACAAAUUGCCGAAUUGGAAAACGAGUUUCUCCUCAAUGAGUUUAUUAACCGACAGAAGAGGAAAGAACUAUCAAACAGACUGAAUUUAAGCGAUCAGCAAGUUAAAAUUUGGUUUCAGAACCGACGAAUGAAAAAGAAAAGAGUGGUAAUGCGCGAGCAGGCGCUUUCUAUGUACUAG